AGAUAUCAACCCUCACAACAAUUGAUACAUGCUCAACUAGUGAUGCUCUUUCCUAGCUCCGAAUUUUGAAGAACAGAGGUAUUAUCUUCUUUUAAACUAGUCCCCAGAAUCUGAACCCAAUCUUUCUCCGAAUUUUGAAGAACAGAGGUAUUAUCUUCUUUUAAACUAGUCCCCAGAAUCUGAACCCAAUCUUACUCAACUCAAAGUAAUUGCAUAAUUUAUGCCACAAAUUCCUCCACUCUUGAUUACGAAUUCCCAGCUAUUCACAGAGGAUUAGCCGUCAAUCUAAUUUUUUCUUGGAGGACAGGAUGCUUAAAACACUCAAGGGAGACGAUCGAACUGAAAAUUACCAAUCGACAGAGACGUUCAGCCCCCCUGCAUCCAUUGGCAGUUCUCAACCAGGCAAUCACCUUCACUCGGAAGAAACACAAAGAAGGGGACAGAGCAUCAAUGGUGGUAUUCCUCCUCAUUACAAAAUUCCUGCUGAAGAAGAUUUACAUUCAGGAAGCGAGCCAUGGAGGUCAGCUGACGAUGCUCCACGUAACGAAACUUUAGGAGUAUACUUGCUGAAUCUCGCGGGCCGGGCAAUCACUAGAGCUUCCCAUUCUGUUCUUCGUUUUGAUAUCAGAGGGCCAAUCUUUUUGAAAGGUCCAACUUGGGGUGUUAAACAAAAAGAAUUAGAAAAUCAGUUUGUCACUUCCUCUGGGGCACAUGGUAAUUCAAGGAAAACUGUUAGGGCGGAACCAGAGACAGCAAAGCCUUCAAGUAAAUGGGUCCAGGGAAUUCACGACGUUGGUGCUCGGAUAAAAUUCAUGCAGAUAUGGGAUUUUCCCCAUGAAGAAACUGGGGAACCAAGUCUUCCUUGGGGUUUGAACAUUGGGUUGGGAGCUAGUGUGGAAAUUGAUAGAGGUGGGCGUGUUAUUCCUAAGGCAAGGUUGCAGACCAAGCAUGCAGUUCUUCAUAUUCUGCCCUCACCAUGUUUUGAGCUGCGAAGCAAGUUGCCGUUAGGCUCAACAUCAUUUCUUGUUGAUAUCAGAUACAGGAUUUCUCUAAGAGAUCUAGAAGAUGCCUGGAAGUCACCAGGACAACUGAUGGUGAAUUUUUACAGUCAACUUGGCACAGGAUAUCAUAUUAUACCCGGAGCCCUAGAGUUUGAUGAGCAUGUGAUGAAAAUUGGGAAAUAUACAACAGUUCGCCUGGCAGCUUUAUUACAAUUCCCAAAAAGGAUCCCGCUUGAGGAUGGAGAUGAAAUGUUUGGUAUCAAUCUUCGCCGUUUGGAAGUCAAGACAAGACCAACAUAGAUUACAAUUGGCUUGGACAUGUGAAGAAUCAUAUAGAAAUCAAGAAGCAACCAUUUUGUUAGGAUAUCCUAAUUCUAAAUUUCAUGAAAAGCCAUGUCAAUUUGACAGCCUUAUUGGAGUAAAGAUUAUUGUGGAUAUUAGAUAUUGUGAAGUACAUUAUUCAAGGUUCAUGAAAAAAUUGUAGUUUCUGAAUAUGUUUAUCAACAUGCGAACCAUGCUUAUCCCAUGGUUUAUGUUUUAUGAUAAAAAUUACUGAUAAUCUGCUGUAAAGGAAUUUACAAUAUCCAUAUUCCUAAAGCUGUAGCUAGCAUAUCCCUAUUGCA